ACAGCACAUAGCCUGGAUCACAUGGUUGCGCAUAGUGCGUGUGUGACGUAGUAGGACAUUGGAGAGAAAAUGCCUACUGCCUUCUGAAUAUAGCAGAAAAUAAAAACAUCGACCCAAUUCGUUCUACAUUCUUUGCAAUCAUUUAGCGGUAUAGGUAACCGCUGUAUGGUAGUGUUGCAUAACGUGCCCAAUGGCUGUGGCAAACGCGAAACAAACGGUCCUAAAUCCGGUGAUUCCGUUCACUGGAGCCAUACCUGGGGGCCUACACCCUGGGGAGAUAGUCAUUAUCCAGGGCACUGUUCACAAUGAUGCUGACAGGUUCCAGAUGGACCUGUCCUGUGGCAGCAGUACUAAACCUCGUGCGGACAUCGCCUUCCACUUCAACCCCCGUUUUAAGGGCUCCCCGUGCGUGGUGUGUAACUCCCUGGUGCAGGAGAGUUGGGGCAGGGAAGAGACCCUUCAGCAGCUGCCCUACAGACAGGGAGUAGCUUUCGAGACGAUCAUCCUGGUCCAUGAUGAGGUCUUUAAGGUGGCAGUAAAUGGUUCUCAUUUGUUAGAAUACAAGCACAGAAUCCCACUGGACAGGAUUGACACACUUUCUAUAAGUGGGAAAGUUAAGGUGCACGCCCUUGGUUUCAUACCAAACUCAGCAAUAUAUUCAAUAUCAGGCGAAUCUGGUGACCUGAGUCUCCCUUACAAAGGCAGUCUACUGAAAGGGGUGAGUCCAGGACAGCACAUCACAAUCAAGGGACAGGUCAGCAUGUACCCACACAGCUUCACCGUGAACCUCCGCAACAGCAGCAGUGAGAACAUCGCUCUGCACCUGAACCCCCGGAUGAAGUCGGCCAUGGUCAUCAGGAACUCCUACCUGAGUGAGUCCUGGGGACCAGAGGAGAGGGAGCUUCCUCUCUUCCCAUUCUCACCUGGGGAGUACUUUGAGAUGCUUAUCCUCUGCCAGCCCCACCAGUUCAAGCUGGCGGUGAACGGCUCUCACCUGCUGGACUACAGGCAUCGGGUGCAGGACCUGAGCACCAUCAACCAGCUGGAGAUCAUGGGAGACCUGGAGCUGAUGGAUGUCAAGCUGUGGUGACCCAGGACAUAGACGCUAAGCCCCAUUUUGGACAACAGACCAGGUUACACCCCCCACCACCAAUGAAUAUUAAUGUAUUUAUUUUAGACACUUAUUGAUGCCGUAAAUCAAUGGUGCUACCUAUCAGUGAUUUAAAAUGGUUUGACCGUCCAGAUAUGUUUACACUUGAUUGAUUUUCAGAUACAAAGGGUGUCUGACUACCUCCGGAGGUGGUCAGGAAGAUCGGAUCACAAUGCGUCUUUUAAUUGGCUACACCUGUCAAAAUCUGGACCAAAAUCAGGACAAAAGACACGUUAGCACUAGGUAUUAAGAGGGCUAUAAAUUAACUUACUGGUGGAAGGCCGCUAAAUUUAAAUUUACAUCUACAGGGACCGUGAUUUGGGAGGGGUUAACUAAAGCAUUUCUUGGAGCUGAAAUACUAAUAUCACUAACAUAUUCCAUAAACAUUCCCAGUCACCCAUCUCAGGUGUUGAAACAAAGGAUAGGGUGGUUACAGGUGAUGCUUAGCAACCCUCGGAAUAUGAAAACACUGACCAUAUUUAACGUUCCUGUACCUGAGGGAACAUGUGUGACUAUUUAUGACCCAUAGGCUUCGUUUAGAAAAGGCAGCCCAAUUCUGACCUUUUUCCAUGAAUUGGUCUUUUGACCAAUCUGAUGUGAUUGUUCAAAAGACCAAUUAGUGAAACAAAUAUCACAAUUGGGCUGCCUGUCAAAACGUAGCCUCGAGUAAUAUGUGCUUCAAUAUUCAUCCAAUAGAUACCUUAGAAAGGCAAUGUGGCCUAAAAGGCUGCAUUACAAGGUCAAAUACUCUAUCACAGAAAUGCCAAAUCAGUUCACCCACCAUAUGAUCUAGUCUAGUGUACUUCAGUCAAAGCACACUACAGGGUCAAACCAAAUACACUGGUUGAUGAGGAUUCCAAGGGAAAUAAUGUGUGUUAAUCAAUCCGUUUUAUGACUGUAUGGCCAUUUUCCUUUCUUGCUUGGCCAGUCACUCAACCAACCAUUUGAGCUGGUCAUUUCUGCCACCUCUAUACAAAUGCUCUUUCAGACAUGCAUUUCACCCACUUUGUUUUUAACAGUAAUGUCUUACUGUUACACUGCUGAGAUGUCAUCUCACUCCAGUGGUGCACCAAGUGUGACUGGUUAUAUCUGCAAAGCAAGAGACCUUGUAGAUGCCUGCUGUACAUAAUAUAAAGAAUCUACUGUAUGUAAUGUAUUAUAAAUAGUUCCAAGUGCUUUUAAAUAAAUGUAUGAUGAUUGGAA